AUGGCUGCGCUUAUCCUUGAGUUAUCCAGACAUGAAUUUGAUUCUAUUGGUGCGCUUGAGGAAACCGAGAGGGGGUUCUCCGUUGGCAGGCGACCUCUCACCUUCAACAUGAAUGAGUUGAUGGUGUCUGCAAAUUUACCCGAAGAAGCUUUCCCCUCGCACACCUUCAAGUCAGCCAUGGACUACUUCAAAGCGCUUGCGGUACAGCAUCUCUACCAUCUUCGAUUACAGCAACGAGAUGCUGUUAGCACCGAGGAGGACUGCCGGAAGAAAUUCACCGCUCGUUGUUUGUUCCUGGAUGUUACAAAGAAAAUCUGCGCCGAGCAUCCUCAAGGACCGUUUAGGCUAUACUGUGACGACUUUCGUCCUUCAAAUGUCAUAAUAAAUCUCGAUACUUCUUGUCUCUCGGGAGUUAUUGACUGGGAGUUCACAUAUGCCGCGCCUGCUGAAUUUACAUGGGUAGCUCCUUGGUGGCUCUUGUUGCAAAGCCCGGAGGACUGGGAAGGUGAUCUCAACCUAUUUAUGAUUCGUUAUCUCCCUAGGCUCCGUGCCUUUCUGGAAGUCCUAAGCGACCAUGAAAGCAAGUUGAUAGAACAACAGCUUCUUUCUGAGCCACAGCGCCUGUCCCCGCGGAUGGAAGACUCUAUGGAGACUGGGUUAUUUUGGGUCUGCUUAGCAGCAGGAUACAGCUCCAUGUUCGAUGAAAUCUAUCGGAAAUUCAUCGACCACUGGUAUUAUGGAGACUUUACUUCUCUUGAAGACCGUAUACAGCUCUUGGAUCUAGAACAACAGCAAGAAAUGAACGAACUUGUGAGGCUCAAGAUUGGCCUGUGCAAGGAUAAAGACACUCUUGACGAUCACUAUCCAAUUGAUAAGCUACUUGAGCUAUGA